AUGCGUGGCGUGACCAAAAGGCUCGGAUUAACAAAACUAAAUGCUAUGCACGUCAGGGGCAUGGAAGCUGAGUCCACGGUAGAUGACAUCAAAGACGCAGUAGUUGAAUCCACAGGAAACUGGGAUGAGGAAAACAAGAUAAGUGAACUUCGUCCACUGGGGAAUGACACAUUAGCAGCCACUCUGACACUCAAGACGGAGCAAGGAGACAAAAUUAUCGAAGACGGAUUCCUCCGAGUCGGCCUUGUAAAGUGCAGGGUCGAGAAGAGGCUGAACGUUAUGAAAUGCCAGAGGUGCUGGGCGCACGACCAUUACAUGGAGAACUGCAAAGGGCCGGAUCGCUCGGGCUGCUGUUAUAAGUGCAGGAAGAAAGACCACAACGCCAAGGAAUGUAACUCGGUCAGUUUGACAAACAAGAGCUAUCAACAAAACGUACCAAAUGAUACCGGGGGCGACCAGUCCGGAGUUUUUACUGAAACUGGAAACACAGACAAGAAAGAGACUAAAAUAGUAGACAAGAAACAAAGCAUGCCCAGCAAAAUACAAAGAAGCAACUCGCUAUCGGAAACCCCAAAAAAAGAGACUAGACACAUCAAUAGGAGGCAGCAUCCACAUUGA